UCAGCCUCCUAAGUGCUAUGAUUACAGGCCAGUGGCAGGUGUCUGGGCCAGACAAGCCUGUACAGUCAUUGCUGGGGAAGGACACAGUGUUCUCCUGCUAUCUUUCUCCUGAGACAAAUGUAGAGACCAUGGAAGUGAGGUUCUUCAAGGAUCAGUUUUCUGCAGUAGUCCACCUCUACAGGGAUGGAGAAGACCAGAAAUAUAUGCAGGAGCCAGCCUAUCGAAGGAGAACUGUGUUGGUGAAGGACUUUAUGGCAGAUGGGCAUGUCUCCCUUGCAAUGAGGAACAUAACCUUGUCAGAUGCUGGCCUGUAUGGAUGCUGGUUUUGCUCCCAGUCUUAUCACCAGGUUGCCCCCUGGGAGCUGCAAGUGUUAGGUCAAUUUCUUGCUCCAGAAAUCUCAUGACUUAGUUGUACCAUGAAACCAUCUUAAUAGUUUGUCAUAUCAUGAAGGCUUUGUUUUGUUUUGCGUUGUUUUAUUUUGUUGUACUAGGGAUUGAA